AUUGAUGCCCGUUAAAGUGUGGUUCAUUUUUGGUUAUGUAAUCUGCAAAUAGCUAAAAAUGUUUCCUUUUUAGAUUUUUAUAGUGUUUUCGUUUUCUGCAUCAUCAUAGCUGAAAUGAAUGCAGAUUAGCUAGCUGAAAGUGGAAUUUGCUAAGCUCUAAAAUUCUUAAUUCUAAUUGUAGAAUAUUUGUUUUCACAGACACACCCAAAUACGUACCUUGUGGGGUUUGCUUUUUUGUAGAAGCCAUGUUUGCAUUGUUCACUUUUUCAGAGCGUGUUCAAAAUUAAACAAAUAUAUGGCGUGGUACACGGAAUUUAAGAAUCUGGCACUGUUUGAGCAGUUGGGUAAUAUGGGAAAAUGCUGGUUAAGUUAAUAACCAAGGAAGACGGCAUGCUGUUGCUCUUAAAGAAGAAUUUAUUGUUCUGGACAAACAAGAUUUGCACCACUAAACGUCUGUUCUAACUCCACCCAAAACCUAUGUAAAGAGAGAAUUAAAAGUGCACAAUUAACACUGAGGAAACAGGAAGUGAUAUAGUAAAUAAAAGCCACUAUGCAAUUUUAAUUUUUUCUUCUACAAGCAUGUUUGUUAAGAUACUAUUUUUAUUUUUGUUUUUAAUAUAAGAGGUUUUUAGUGGAAUAUACAUCCUUUUUUCCAUACUGUCAGCCUAUCUUUCUCUGAUUACUACUUUAUCAUCUUUCAGAUUUCUUUGUUAGGCUUUCCUGGUUUUGAUACAUUGUUAAACUAGUGAGUCUUGAAAGCUUUGUUUUCCCUAGGUUAACAGAGAAAACAUCCCUCCCUAAAACCCAGCUUGCUCUAUUGUGUUACUUCAUUGUGCUGGAUUUGACUUUUUAGUUGGACUUUUUACAUCACUUGAUAUAUUGACUGUUGUAUUAUGGGUAGUCAUUUUGAAGGAAAUGUUGGACAUCAGCAUGCAGUGGUACUGGCUGUGUCCCAGAGAACUUGAAACCUAACGUUUUAGUGACCCCUGUAGCGUUCCAUCAUUGCAGAGGUAUUGCCCGGAUGUCUGGCAGAAUGGGAGCUGGCCUAAGAGAUUUCUGACAAGGUCAGAAGCAAAAUUUGGAUGAAGUAAGCUAGCUAAGUUGCCGUCAUGAGCAGAAGCAAGCGUGACAACAAUUUCUACAGUGUUGAAAUUGGGGAUUCUACUUUCACUGUAUUAAAGCGAUAUCAAAACUUAAAACCGAUAGGAUCAGGAGCACAAGGGAUAGUAUGUGCAGCUUAUGAUGCCAUCCUUGAACGAAAUGUUGCGAUCAAGAAGCUAAGCCGGCCGUUUCAGAACCAAACUCAUGCUAAAAGAGCCUACAGAGAGCUUGUUCUAAUGAAGUGCGUUAAUCACAAAAACAUAAUUGGCCUACUGAAUGUGUUUACACCACAAAAAUCUCUGGAAGAAUUUCAAGACGUUUACAUAGUGAUGGAGCUCAUGGAUGCAAAUCUCUGCCAAGUGAUUCAGAUGGAGCUAGACCAUGAACGAAUGUCAUAUCUUCUUUAUCAAAUGCUGUGUGGUAUUAAACAUCUUCACUCAGCUGGAAUUAUCCAUAGGGAUUUAAAGCCCAGUAAUAUAGUAGUAAAGUCAGACUGCACUUUGAAGAUUCUUGACUUUGGACUGGCCAGAACUGCAGGAACUAGUUUUAUGAUGACGCCUUAUGUAGUGACUCGUUACUACAGAGCACCAGAGGUCAUCCUAGGGAUGGGAUACAAAGAAAACGUGGAUUUAUGGUCUGUGGGGUGCAUUAUGGGCGAAAUGGUUUGCCACAAAAUCCUCUUUCCAGGAAGGGACUAUAUUGAUCAAUGGAAUAAAGUUAUAGAGCAGCUAGGAACACCCUGCCCUGAAUUUAUGAAGAAAUUACAGCCAACAGUCCGAACUUAUGUGGAGAACAGACCUAAGUACGCUGGAUAUAGUUUUGAGAAACUCUUUCCAGAUGUCCUUUUCCCAGCUGAUUCUGAGCACAAUAAACUUAAAGCAAGUCAAGCAAGGGAUCUGUUAUCAAAAAUGCUGGUUAUAGAUGCAUCUAAAAGAAUCUCCGUGGAUGAAGCCCUGCAGCACCCAUACAUCAAUGUUUGGUAUGAUCCAUCAGAAGCAGAAGCUCCUCCACCAAAAAUACCAGAUAAGCAGUUAGAUGAGAGGGAGCACACGAUAGAAGAAUGGAAAGAGUUGAUAUACAAGGAAGUCAUGGACCUGGAGGAGAGAACCAAGAACGGGGUUAUACGUGGACAACCAGCCCCUUUAGGUGCAGCAGUGAUCAAUGGCUCUCAACAUCCAUCUUCAUCCUCAUCUGUAAAUGAUGUGUCUUCAAUGUCAACAGAUCCAACAUUGGCCUCUGAUACAGACAGCAGUCUAGAAACAUCAGCUGGACCUUUGGGUUGCUGUAGAUGACUACUUGGUCUUUUGGGGGGAGGGAGGGGUGGGGUCCUUUUAGUCAUUGAUAGGGCACCUUUAAGAGUUGGUGGUAUUUUUGAGUGUUUUUUCAAAAAUAAUUGUAGGAUUCAUCAUAAAGUGCUGUAAUUUAAAAUUGUAAGUUGUGUUAAAAGCAGCCACUUUUUUUGCUGUAAUUAACUCUGUAAAAUAUUAAACCUGAUAAUUUUUAUUGUGGUUUUAAAAUCUGCAUAUUUGCUUUACUGUUAUGCUGCUGAUCUUUUUUUACUGAAUUUGUAAGAUUUGUUUUAUCAAAGCACAUGUUAAUGUUGUCGUCAUUAUCAUGUCAUGAAUUAUUUAAGAUUUUUAUAGGCUUUCAAUUUUUUAAAUUAGAAUUUAUUCCAGAUGUUUUGUUCAUGAUAUCCUUCAAAGUUUUAUGCUUGGUCGUAUGUCCUUAUCCAGGUGGAGGGGGAAAGAAUUCAGUGUAGCCAGCUGUAGUUUUUGGGUGUACUACUGUGGUGCUGGCAGUGAAUAAAAUCCUCUUAUUUUGGCCGCUUGCCUAUAAUAUUUCAGUAAAAGCAGCAAUUAGUGAAUUUUGUUAGGGAAACCAUAUACAAUUCUUUGCAAAUUAACCUCAUCUGAAUGGCUUUAUGAACUUAAGAAAGCAAAGCAUAUCUUCAAAGCUGCAGAAACAUCUAGCCUAACAAAGGAACAUGAUGUUUUCUGCAGAAUUGUGGCAUGCCAAAUCUUAGGAUCACCAUAAAACGAGAGGAUACUUCAUGAAUAAUACAUUGCAAUGCAAAUAAACUGUUUACUUCUAGCCUGUAGCCUGUCUUUGUACACACAAAACAAAGUGUACCCAGGACGUCUAGACUGCCAACAGGGAAAAUGAGUACGCUGUGGCUAUACUUCCAUGUAGCAUGUGAGAGUUCAGUUUCUCGUUAGUUUGUUUGUAUUAAGGUGAGUGCAUUUUGGGGGAGAAGGAGGAGUGAUAUGAAUGCAAUAGGGGCAAAACUUCAGCCAUUCUUUCUCCACCAAAAGUAACUGAUUGCUAAAAACAAUUAAGUGGUCGAAGAACCUCAGGAUGCAAGAUUUCUGUAGCUGAUGCAUUAAGUGAGCAAUAUAUGCCAUCCAAAGGGAGAGGGAAAUAGUGCUAUAUAAAAUAAUAUUUAUCUCUUUCACUUCACCAUGAGACCAAUGUAGCAGAAAUCUUAAUAAUGGUUCAUUUCAAGUCAUAAAUAUUCAGUAGUUUUCAGCACUGAAGCUCCAGAUUUCGAUACACUUUUUAAACAAAAGAUAUAUUGAAAUAUGUAGAACAGUUACUAAACAGUCAUGUAAAAUGGUGCUGCUCCUCACAGAAGUAUUUUAACUGUUUACAUUUUAUAAUUACAUAAUGAUUUAUGUAUAACCGACUUAAGUUAUGUAUGAGUUAAACAAUCAUUCAGAAUUUAUUCCUUCAGAAAAUGCAGAUUUCUAGUGAAGCUAUAGGCUGUAUAAUUGAUUGCCUUGUGUAAAUGCAUAUUUUGUGUAGUGAAUUAGAAUAUGAAGAGGAAUUCAAAUUAGUGAUACUCACAUAAGUGAGCCUAAAAUAAUACAGAAGUCUUGCCAGGCAUAGAGCAUAAGCAAAUAAUAUGACUGGCUGUUGAGGUCGUCCAGGAAUGACCGAUGCUCUUCACUGUGUUUGCUCACAAAUUUGUUGACUAAAAUGAAUAUCUUCUUGAGGUUGUUACUGAAAGAGAAAAAUCUGCCUUUACAGUAUGUUUCAGCAAGAUAUAAGUCAUAGUAAUGCUUUCAAUAUCUAACAGAUGUCUUUUUAAAAAAAACCCAGGGUUACAAGGAAUGAUAAUGUCUCAAAGAUGACUAAAUUGAUAAGCUGCACAGUUGUAUUCCUGGCCUGGCUAGACUGUUGGUAAGUGAUACGUGUGUGUAAUCUUGUUCUCCUCGCUUGUAUCCGAUAUUUCAAUAUUGCCUUUCUAAACCACGUUUGUUAAGGCAAUUAUUUUUACAGGAUCCUGCCAAAUUGUAUAUUACCUCAGAAUAGGCAGGACGUGUUUGGAUUCGUUUAGCACUGAAACGUAGAAAAUCUGCUCACGUUGAACAGAGACCAACAGAACAGUCUAUUUUGUAACUUUUUAUCAAAUUUUAAGCUGUGAAUUAAGACAGAAUUUUUGGACGUACAAAAAUUGUACUUCAUUGUUUAUAUUAAAGUCAAAUGAUAUUCUGGUUAACCCAAUGUGGCUAAGUUAAUACUGACAGAAUCUACUUCUAAUGCCUAUAAAUAUUGUUAAGAACAAAAAUUGGUAAAUAUCAUUCAUAUUUAAAUUGAUUUUUGGACCCCUCUGGAUUGCAGUGGUAACUGAAAUAUUUUGAUACUUUAAAAUCAUGUUGGUAUUGCUUUCCAGUGCCCUAAAGAAAAUAUGCUUUAAAAUGAAUAUUGAGUGAAACAGUUAUACUGUUCUUUUUUUCUUAUAACAUACAGGUUGAGUCUAGUCUUUCACCACUGUGUGCUAGCAGUAGCAACUUCAUUGGAUGCAUAAGCUGUAAGGAGAAUUGAGCUUUUUUCCGUUUAAGGUAGGACUGAUGAAUGAGUGGGGCUCUCCAGGGCCAUCCUUGGUGUGAAGCAGUGAGCGGUAGUACAAGGGAUUGUAUCAGUAAGGUCAGAGCUUUGCAUGCUGGAACCUGUAGUUCAUUUUUGGCACCAUUUUCCUAGGAGUGUUACUUUUUUUGCUGUUUGUUCUAUUUUAUGCAAAUUAAGGGAUGCCAAAGUUCAAAGACGAGCAGAUUAGGUUCCUAGUAACCAAGUUAUCACAACAAUAGGCUAUUCUUGACUUCUCAUUUUAUUUGCUGAAAUAUGAAAUGAUUUCAGGAACAGUUGUACACUGUCACAAAUACUAAACAGGUAGGUAGGUAGCUAGGGUUCAGCUGUCUUAAUCUAUUGUUCUUUUGUUUGCUAUUAUACUAUCUAAUACAUUGUACAAUUUUAUUCUUAAAUUAUUAUUGAGCUUUAUUUUAUUAUGUGAUUCCAAGAUAUUUUCAUAACAACAGACUUUGCUAAAGUGCAUGCAGCUUCCUACUUUUAGAGCCACUCUAAUCCAUUGAAGUUGGUAGUGAAUGAAUUAGUGAGCUGUGUCUGAUUUCCUAUGCCAGUUGAGGUCAACAGUUGAGCAUUAAUAAUAAGAUUAAUUCCCGCCUUCUCUGGUCAGCUGUGACAGGCAUCAAGGGCAAAACAGACAAAAUAGGCUGCUCCUCCCCUUUGGUAGAAGUAGGUACUUCAAGAUUUUUAAAUAGACUGAGGGAGAGAGGAAAAGGUUAAUACUGUUACUGUGUGCUGCACCUUUGCUCAGUGAGGUCUUUUGUUGAUCCAAGACAGGAGGGUCAUAUCUGAGUUUCUUGUGUGUGCGUUUGCGUGUUUGGGCCAAAGCAGUACUGAGCAGUUGAACAGCCUGAGACUGGCCUGACCACCCAGCUCCAUUUCAUUCAUUCUGCUAAGCUGAAUAGAUACAGCACCUCUCCGUAUGUAGGCAGUGUGCAGCUUUGGUUUUUAGUUUAGAGGCUCCUUACUGCAUGUAUGCAAUGGCAUCUUCUGGAUAAGAAUUCCUGCUAAACACAAAUAUAAUAAUAGCAUAAAUUGGCUAUUAACGCACAUGCAAACACAAACUUCUUAGGAUAUAGUGAAUGUGUUUGUGGUGGUUGUGGCAACGGCACCCUCUACUGGCUUAAUGUUAAAAAAGAAUGUUACUGACCUGAGGGUUUGUUUUAUGGAAGAUUGCCUCUUUAAAGGCAGAGGCUAUUCAGUUAGCAAAUACUGAAAGCAAAAAGUAAGCACCUUGACAGGCAUUUCCAUGCGUUUCCAAUGCUCCUACAUUCAUGUAUAUGGCAUUCAUCUCGACACUGGAUAAAGAAAAAACCAUCAAAAAAGCUAGUACAAGUGGAUAGUUUCCUACCCAUACGAUAAUCCAAAACAUCUGCGAUUAAACAUUUGUCAAUUAAGCAUAUGGGCAAAGUGGGAAAGAAGAUCCAGUUUAUACUUGAUCCUAUUGUAUCGCUGAGAAGAGUGAAUUACUGUUUCUAGAUACAUUUUUACUUGCUGUUGACAGCAGCUUGUUCAUGCUCUUACAUUUUUUUUUUCCUAUUAAUGGUUUGGUUCAGCUGCUUUGCCCUACAUAUUUAGUUUGAGGAUUGGGGUUGAAGCAGAGUUGUCUGCAUUUUGCAUUACGAUUAGAAAGAAGGUUUUAAUGGAAAAACGUGGUGAGACUGCCUGUCCAAAUUUUCAGUUCACUUGAUUUAUUUUUAGUUAAGGGCACUGGAUAAAAGUGAUAAUGUAAGUGAUCUUUCUCUCCUUUCACCUCUUCUUUAGAUUUUUCUGCAUUACAGAAACACGUUAUGAAUCAGAUCACUUCACAUGGUGUUUCCACUUUCACAGUUAAAAAUUUAAGCUAGGUUUUCUCGAACUACCUCACACAAACUUUCUACGUUUCUUACGUAAGCAAAGCUAACCCUUGCUAUUGGAACUACACUGAAUGUGAAAUAGAAAAAAUACACUUCCUUUAGAAAAAUAAACCUAUUGGCCAAUGUUGAGACAAUAUCAGUAAGUAUGUUUCUUAUAUAUUUCACGUAAGAUGUUCAUGUGUAUUAUAUAGCUCGUGUACAAUAAUGUACAUCUAGAAUAUUGUGUUAGCUGUAAAUUGGUGAUUUUAUUAUUGUAGUCUGGUUUUGUAGGUAAAAAUAGCUUACUAGUAAUGUCAGCUCAUCCUUUACAUUUUACAAAAGGAAUAAUUCUUGGUAAGCUUUGCAUACAGAUGAAUUACUUUUGUAGGCCCAAUAUCUAGUCUAUUUUUGAGAGUUCUUUAACUUUUAUUACUGAAGUCGAGGAAAAAAAAAAAACCCUAGUUAUUGUGAUCAUUCCUCCUGCCCCUUUUGAAGUAUAUUCUUGAUUUUGUUUUGUCCCAAGAAAUAUGAAGCGGAAGACACACCAUUAAAAAUAUUGGGAAAAACUGUAAUUUUUUUUCUUCCCCACCUUUGACACCUUUUUCUGCUUUUCCUUUAUUCCCUCCAAAUAAGCUGUUGGUGGGGCAUUACUGAGAACAUUGUGGUUUUUUUAAUCAUUCAUGCCAUAAGUCAUUACAUGUGCACCACUGGAAUGUAUACAUUGUUAUCUAGUAUGUCAAUUGGUUACAAUGAUAUUUUAAAUAAAAAAGGAAAAAAUUGUUUGA